GAAUCUGAAAAUGCGAAGAAAUGGCUGCGAUUGUUCGCCGAAAAGUUCGGUGUGAACACAUUGAUGCUCUACGAGCGUCCAGCUUUCGAUGGCAUGUUCCCAUGGCAAAGCCGACGUCCUAAAGCUCGUUACAGCCGAAUGACGCCGCUUAUCAGAGCGAUUCAAGCCAGAUGUGUAUCGCUUGUGAAGUUAGCGCUAGACUAUUGA